AAAGCGCAGCCAUCAUCAACUGACACAUUUCGUUUGGCGCUUGAAGUCCACUGGACCGGACCAAGUGGCCUGUGCCAUUUUGGCACGCUUUUUGUCACGGAUUUAAGCCAACAUGGAGACUGCCCUAUGCUGUGCCCGUACGAAUAGAAUCCCCCUAGAAGGAGGUUCAGGUCACCUAGUCGUUAGCAGAUCUCCCGUUAUCGGGCCGGCACAGAUCUUCACGAAUCGAAGUCCAGAUAUGCGGUGAACUGGGCCAUUACUCGACCGAACACAGGGUGUGAAGAAUGUGGUUGUGGAAACCAUGGAGCAACUCUGGGCAUGGCUUCAGUGGGAGCUAUGAACUCGGAGGGCCUCCGGUGCUGGCCAUGUGAGGAAGAUUCGACGAUUCAUGAUACGAUGGAUAACAACCUUUGCCUGUUUCUCAGUCUUGGGUGUCACCGGUUGUUUCUUCAGGCAGGCAUGGAUGGUGUAAGCCAGCCAGCCAGCCUUCUGACUCAAUCUGCAUUUCAAGCAAGUGAAAACUGGGGUCAGGCUGAAUACUCCAGCCCGACAGAAACGAACAAGGCCAUACGUUGUUCGGGAUUAACACAACAGACAAGAUCAGGGCAUGCACGGACUAUGAUUUUCAAUGCGCCAACCACGGUUUGCAUCCCUGAGCUGGGCUGGCUCGCGCUUGGUCUGAUAUUCGCAAAGCUUUGGUGUGGAGAGUCCAUGAUACUCCAUGACUAGUAUUCAGGAGGCGAGAUCCUGGAAUGUGUCUGCCUCAUAUUGGAAAGCACAUGUCUAAGUCUGGCCGAUCGUUGCGUUAGCGGACGUGGAGUCGUGGACGUGGACGGCGUUUCCUUUCGUCCAGCCCUACUGAUUGCGACCGGAGCAAAUAGUCCAAUUCCAUUAGAACCCGACAAAACUCUGAUGUGUCAGGCGUUUAGACGUCUUCUCGAAGCGUGGCUUCAGAGACCGGCUCGAUGCAGUUUAAUUACACCACAGUACAGUACAGCUUCUACUGAAUCAGGCUAUUUGUUUCAUCUACCAUUCUUGGUCAAGUAUGAGGGCUCUUUCCGGAGCAUGCUGUCAUUACCCCAUGAGUCAAAAACGUUGACGAUACGACAUUGGCUAUCCUAAAAGAAAGUCCAAGGGAGUGAUCAAAAACGUGGUGCCUCGGGGGUUAGCCGAAAACCGAGACCUAGACCUUUGGACUGCGUAGAUACGAGUGCAUGCUGUCUUUCCUAUACCAAUACAUGCAAUACCCGUACCCCAGACUCACUCACGGACUGGGGGGUGACUGACUGUGGACUGUGGGUGAGGUGACGGGCGGAUGCCAGUCAAGUGGGGGAUCGUGGGGAGCGGUGUGUCGACCCUCUGCUCUGUGUGGAUAGCCUCUAGUCUUCAUCACAAGACGACACCAUAAUCAAGAUGAGCAACGUGGACUGCAAUGGGAAAAUACCACCCUACCAUCGGCAGCGUAGCGCUAUCCCACUCAACUACAUCAUCGCAAAGAUUUCUGGUCUGAUUAUUUACGUUUGAUAAUACAGAUAUUGGCCAAGAUCGACUCCCUCACGAUUCAAUGGCUCUCAUUCAGACAUAUCAAACACUUGGCAUGCUUACUGUGCCUCCCGGAGUUCGGCUUCUUGACUCGCUCGGCACUUGGUCACCAGCACAAUACAGCACAGCAUAUGCAAUCUCGUGAAUAACCAAAAUUGUCG